AGAGAGAGGCGUGACUAUCAUGGAUCCUCUGGGGAGCCUCAACAACAUCCUGAUGCUGACGAGGCAGAGAAGAGUCUCUCCAGAUCACAACUCCUCCAGAAACACCAGCAGAGACCCACAGGGAAGAAAUCUAACUGCUGCUCUGACUGUGGGAAAAGAUUCAACUCUUCAGUAAAACUUAAAAUACACCAGAGAACACACAAAGGAGAGAAAUCUUUUAACUGUAAUCAAUGUGGGAAGAGUUUUACUACAUCUGGCUCUCUGAUUUUACACCAGAGAACACACACAGGAGAGAAACCUUAUAGCUGUGAUCAAUGUGGGAAGAGUUUUACAACAUCUAGCCAGCUGACUAUACACCAGAGAAUACACACAGGAGAGAAACCUUAUAGCUGUGAUCAAUGUGGGAAGAGUUUUACCACAUCUGGUCAUCUGACUUUACACCAGAGAACACACACAGGAGAGAAACCUUAUAGCUGUGGUCAAUGUGGGAAGAGUUUUGGUCAAGCUAGCCAGCUGACAGUACACCAGAGAACACACACAGGAGAGAAAUCUUAUAGCUGUGGUCAAUGUGGGAAGAGUUUUGGUCAAUCUAUCAAUCUGAAAGUGCACCAGAGAAGACACAUAGGAGAGAAACUCUAUAGUUGUGAUCAUUGUGGGAAGAGUUUUGUUACAUCUGACCAGCUGACAGUACACCAGAGAAUACACACAGGAGAGAAACCUUAUAGCUGUGAUCAAUGUGGGAAGAGUUUUACUACAUCUGGCUCUCUGACUUUACACCAGAGAACACAUACAGGAGAGAAACCUUAUGGCUGUGGUCAAUGUGGAAAGAGUUUUGGUCAAUCUAGCCAGCUGACAUUACACCAGAGAACACACACAGGAGAGAAACCUUUUAGCUGUGGUCAAUGUGGAAAGAGUUUUUGUCAAUCUAGCAAUCUGACAGUGCACCAGAGAAGACACACAGGAGAGAAAGCCUAUAGUUGUGAUCAAUGUGGGAAGAGUUUUGUUAAAUCUGACCAGCUGACGGUACACCAGAGAAUACACACAGGAGAGAAACCUUAUAGCUGUGAUCAAUGUGGGAAGAGUUUUACUACAUCUGGCUCUCUGACUGUACACCAGAGAAUACACACAGGAGAGAAACCGUAUAGCUGUGAUCAAUGUGGUAAGAGUUUUGGUCAAUCUAGCCAGCUGACAUUACACCAGGGAAAACACACAGGACAGGAACCUUAUAGUUGUGGUCAAUGUGGGAAGCGUUUUGGUCAAUCUAGCCAGCUGACAUUACACCAGAGAACACACACAGGAGAGAAAUCUUGGAGCUGUGAUCAAUGUGGGAAGAGAUACUCUAGUAAAAGAUCUCUGAGCAAACAUCAGAAAAUACAUGAAGGAGUUUUUUCAUGAUAUCAAUUAAAUAAUUAAAUAAUGUCACAAUGUAGAUUAUUUUAACAUUGUAGUAGUUUUUUAAUGAAUGUCAAUGUAGAACCCUAAAUGUUUGCCCCAUGUUCAAUUGAUUUUACCCUCAGGGAAAAAACCCAGGCUCUGAAUUGAAAGAGUUACUAUUUAUGUGAUUUAACAAAAAGUGACUAACAAAAAAUAAUUGUGUUACACUUACCACGUUGGUGACCCACUGGAAUCAAAAUGUAGCUAGCUGUUUACCACGUUGGUGACCCACUGGAAUCACAAUGUAGCUAGCUGUUUACCACGUUGGUGACCCACUGGAAUCACAAUGUAGCUAGCUGUCUACCACGUUGGUGACCCACUGGAAUCACAAUGUAGCUCGCUGUUUACCACAUUGGUGACCCACUGUAAUCACAGUGUAGCUAGCUGUUUACCACGUUGGUGACCCACUGGAAUCACAAUGUAGCUAGCUGUUUACCACGUUGGUGACCCACUGGAAUCACAAUGUAGCUAGCUGUUUACCACGUUGGUGACCCACUGAAAUCAAAAUGUAGCUAGCUGUUUACCACGUUGGUGACCCACUGGAAUCACAAUGUAGCUAGCUGUUUACCAUGUUGGUGACUCACUGGAAUCACAGUGAAACACUCCAAAAUGUUUAGGUUUUCAAUAUAUCCCAAACUGUUUCUGCAUAUUGGUUAUUGAUUUGGACACGUUAAAACUGUGUUUUGAUAUUGCACAAUUCCCAUUUAGCAAAAUGUCAUUCAAAAGACGUUGAAUAUAUGUUCCGUUGUAGUUGAAGAUGAAAGUUGAAAAUAUGUCUUUUCAGGUCGUUUUUUCAAUGAAAAAAAAUAUUAUCAUAAUAAUAUAAAUUAGUCUAUAAUCAAUUUUAUUAACAAUCUCACAUCACUCCAGUAUUUCUUGACAACAUUCAAGUGCUAAUUGUCUUUAGUCCACUACUGAAGAAGCAUGACUCAAAUCACCUCAUAUUUCAAACAUUCAGCCUGACAAAAGAUACAUGUUUUAUUAUUCCAUGCCUCACCAUUAAGUUAAUUAUUGCCAAUACAUAUUAACAAAGGGGUGAACAUUUUGGUUUUGAUAUUUCAUAUUAUGUAACAUUUAGUAAUCAUAGUUAUUCAUGCAACCAACUUGACAUUUUUGGGUACAAUUAUAUUGACAUUGUUACCCUGCUUUUAUAUCCAACAACAUGCCUAUCUAGUGAAUCCUGACAAGAGAGAGAAGCUCCGCAGUUAGGUGGAAAGUUACUACGGAUAUCGCAGGAGUUUCCUCUUGAAAUCAGACAUGUCCGUGUUAAGGUCAACUUGGUUGCUGAUUAUCUCAAGGGUGGGCAGUCAAAUAGAUUUGUGUUUUGCAUUUAGACAGGAGAGAAACCACAAUUUAUUUUGACACGUUUUUCCCGUGUUGGAUAUUAGUUUUUAUCUCUUAUUCUUUUCUGUAUUUUUUUUUAGCUGCACUGUUGGGGGCUCGUAAGUAAGAGUUCCAGUGUUGUAUCCGGCGCAUGUGACUAAUACAAUUUGAUUUGAGUUUUGUUUGGGCUCGUUCCAAGGGGACGAGAGUUCUAGAAGCUAGUGAGGAAAGAAUGGAAAUGGAAAUGAAAAAGGAGAAAAAAAUAAUAUGAUUGUAUAUUAUUAUUUAGAAAUGUUUUUUUCUUGUUUUUAAUUGUUGACAGCCAGUAGACACCAUGUUUAUAUUGUAGAAGGUGAAGCAUUGUAGAUUAUGUGAAAUGGAAGUUGUGGAGAUACUCUGAAUGAUUGGCUAUGAAAAGCCAACUGACAUUUACUCCUGAGGUGCAGAUCUGUUGCACCUUUGACAACCACUGUGAUUAUUAUUAUUUGACCCUGCUGGUCAUUUAUGAACAUUUGAACAUCUUGGCCAUGUUCUGUUAUAAUCUCCACCCAGCACAGCCAGAAGAGGACUGGCCACCCCUCAUAGCCUGGUUCCUCUCUAGGUUUCUUCCUAGGUUCUGGUCUUUCUAGGGAGUUUUUCCUAGCCACCGUGCUUCUACACCUGCAUUGCUUGCUGUUUGGGGUUUUAGGCUGGGUUUCUGUACAGCACUCUGUGACAUCAGCUGAUGUAAGAAGGGCUUUAUAAAUACAUGUGAUUGAUUGAUUGUACAACUGAAUGCAUUCAACUGAAAUGUGUCUUGGGCGCACUGAUUGGUGUCACCUCGUUAGUCAGUAUGUGUUACACCUGUGCUGGCUUGUCCAUCACGUUAGUGGGAAGGUGUUUCACCUGAGCUGGUCCAGGUUCUAUUUAAGAGUGUCUGACCCAGUACUCCAGUUGUCUUGACAAACUUAAGACAGGAAAGCAAACCAAAAAGGUGGAGAGUCAACACCUUUAGUUGCUCCACCUUUUUGGUUUGCUUCCUGUCUUUAAGUUUAUUGUGGGUUUUUCUUUUGUUUUCCUCUUCUUGGGCAGAUUUAGUGGGUCUCAUGGUGGGUGUCUUUUCGGUCCCAGUUGUUGUUACUAGUCAACUUUCAGUGACACCCCCAUAGUGUCUUUCAGAACCCCUCCUAAAACCCCACCUGUUUAGUUGUUGUCAGUGACUCUGUUAGUUCUAAAAAAAACAAGCUUAUAUUUUGGGUUGGAUAUAGCAUCAUAUUGUUAAUAUUUUAAUCAAUGGCAUUUCCUUUCAUUUUCUUUCUUUCUUGCUCAUUAGUCUUUCAGUUGUUUUUCUUCUGUUUUUUAUCCUCUUAUGUUUGUUGUGUAUGUAACCGAUGUGAAAUGGCUAGCUAGUUAGCGGUAGUGCGCGCUAAUAGCGUUUCAAUUGGUGACGUCACUCGCUUUGAGACCUUGAAGUAGUGGUUCCCCUUGCUCUGCAAGGGCCGCGGCUUUUGUGGAGCGAUGGGUAACGAUGCUUCAUGGGUGACUGUUGUUGAUGUGUGCAGAGGGUCCCUGGUUCGCGCCCGGGGUGAGGGGACGGACUAAAGUUAUACUGUUACAUGUACUAAAUAUAUCUGUUUAAUUUUUUGUGUUUAAUUUUCAUAGUUUUUCCUGUGAAACCAUUGUGUUGCAUCCAUGUCUGAAAUGUGCUGUAUAAAUAAAGCUUGAUUUGAUUUGAAAACAUUGCAAAACAAAUUAACCCAAUGACUGACCAAUCAAC